CGCCCGCAGGCCGCAUGCCCAUUAUCCCGUACCCGGCCGAGUACGUCCGCCAGGUGCCCAUGACCGACACGACGCUGCAACAGGGCCCGACCAGCCCCGGGCUCACCUACACGUGGUACAACAGCAAGGCCGCCUAUCCCUUUGGCUACAGCCUGUACCACGCCGCCUCGUUUGGCCGCGCCGGGUACUCCUGCAGUUUCCCACCGAUGGCAGCGUGAGCAACACCACUGCCCACCCCAUCGCAGACCUCGUCGACACGU